AGUUUUGGGAAUCGGUAAAGUCGAUCCUAAGAAAGUAAAGUCGCUACAUCUAUUUUCUUAAACUCAUUCAGCUGACUUUUAGGACAACUGAGGUUAUUAGCAAGAUUUUAAUUAUUUUACUUGAUUGCAAAGGUUCCAAACAUUGAAAACGGUUUUAGCUAACAUUAAUUAGACUGCUGUUAUUGCUGUGUUCUGAUCAAAUAGUCAAAUACGGCACUUAUUCUUAUUAGGCUUAAACACUGGACCAUUCCAAAGCUGCAGUCAAAACAGACUGUUUCACGAGCCUUUACAGUCUGUGCAGGAAACACCCAUCCAGUUAGAGCCGAUUUUAACGAUAUCCUUCAUUAUGACCGGGAAUCUUAAAGUGUUGAUCUGUGUUAUGUGUUACUUCAGAGCAGGGCGGGAUCAAACAAUCCAGUCAGAAAGCUAACCAAUCGCCGGUGAUUUGUUCUGCGCGGAUCUGACUCGUCUCGGACGGGGCUAAAUGUUUGCUUUUCUUCAGUAACGCCCACCUUAGCCAGUUGAGUCCAUGGAUGAAUCCAAAACGAACAAAUCGUCCACGAGUCGCGCAUUAAACACACCGGCUGCCGUCAGCGCUGCUGGAGAUCGACACUCUUGGUGAGUGGCCAAUCAGCAGCUACGUGCAGCUCUCCGUCACCAUGGAUGCAUGUGCCCGUAUCAGAGGAAUCACACUAAGGUCCCGGGCCUCGGCCCGGAAAGAGACUGUGCAUGACAGUGGGGCGCAGUGUGUGAAGAGCCUCUUGAGGAAUAAAAAGGAGCUGUGCAGCUUUGGCCUGGACCUGCCGGCCAGAGACACCACAAGACUGACAGAGAUUCAUUUUGUGUGUUUGCCUGGCCAGUGUGAAGGAGAGGAUGUCACCCACCAGGACCUGUCACCUUUGCCGGGCGGGCUGUGCGAGCUCCUCAGGUCCCUCCACGUUCAUAGCCUCAAGAAUGACGAGGUCCUGCUGCUCAAAGUGUCACGCAGGCUGGCAGAGCACAAGUACACUAGGCCUCAGUGCUGCUUAAAGGCUGUCUGUGUGCUGAGGCAGACUCCCAGCACGAGCGUCUGCCCUCAGGCCAGUGUAACGUCCCCAGUGGGCUUGCUGGGCUGCUACAUGGCAGGUUUGCGCUAUGCUUUGGAGCUCCAGGCUCUUCAGAGGGGAACUACUGAGCCCAGCCAGCCAGAGGAAGAUGACACCAACCAGUCGGUCUCAUCAAUCGAGGAUGACUUUGUCACGGCCCUGGAGCAUCUGGAGGAGGAUGAUACAGCAGACAGUCCAUCUGCAGCUUCCUAUCCCCAUUUUAAAAAGCGAGAUGUGGCAUCGCAGACAAUCCCAGCCCACAAGAGAAGAAGGGAAUUAUCAGGCUCUCGUGUUAUUGUAAGCUCAUCUUCGAAGAAGUAUUCAGCCAAGCAUAGGUCCGGCCCUGAUGUAUCUGUCACAGUGCAGACCUCAUCAGGCAUGGAGUCCCAGUGGACCUACUGCACUCCUGGAGCUCAUCUCCCCUCACCUUUGAUUCAUGUCAGUGAAUCAGAAGAGUCGGACUGCUCCAGCCCCAGCCCAAUCAUUUUCCUGGAUGAGGUGGGCUACCAAAAGAGCCUGCUGGCUAAGUUGGACAUCCCCCAGGUGCCAGGGGGGCCCAGAGAGCAAGUAGAAGACUCUGACUCUGAAGUCAGUGAAUUCUUUGACAGUUUUGACCAGUUUGAUGAGCUGGAGGAGCUCAGCUCAGAGAGCUGCACCCUCCCACUGCCUCUGGACACCAUCAGUACCCCAGGCACACAGAAGAGGUCCACUGAGUCCAGCGCUAGUGGGUCAGCAUCCAAAUAUGUUUCUAUGGGUUGCUCAACCCAGGGUAUGAAUCCUCACCGCUUUGAGCAGCCCACUCUCCCAGCCAGUGUGAAAAAGCCCACUCCUCUGAAACCAGGCUCUCCCUACUCAAUUCACUCCGAGGUGCCUGACUCCCCGCGGCCAGUGCAGACCCCCUCUGAUGAGAAUGGUGGCCCACUCUUCAGUCCUGUCAGCUCCUCGGCCUUCAGCCCUCUGGUGGACUCUAACGGACCGCUGGAAUACUUCUGGAAGACAGAUGAGGAUGGACAGGACAGCUCAGAGCUGCGUAAACCCCAGGAUCUCUGCUCACUGUAUAAGACCUACUCAGACUUUGCCAGCAGUCUGUCCAGAGAAAUCCUGGGCUCUGUCUGUGGCUACCAGUCUGCUGUUGACAUCAAUGAUAACAAGAAUCUCAGCUGCGUCUGUCACAAGGAAUUCAAGAACCCUUCAGGCUACCUGAUGAAGCUGUCAGAAAUACAAGAGACUGUAACAGUGGCCAAGUUGCAGAAGAAGUCCCAGUCCCUGAAGGAUGGCAUCCAGAGGUUUGCUUCUGACCUGGUGGAGAUGAGCCUGGGCAGUGCCUUGCGAGACCUCCAAAAAGGUGUGUCCUCCUGUACCACCACCUUGUGUCACCUAGCUGCCAGGCUCACCUCCUCAGUGUUUCAGAUGGCCUUCCAGGAGAUUGGCAUGCGCCAUGCCUAUGUGUUGAAGGAACGAGCCAUCAACGGAUUAGCCGGCUUCCUGGUGGGAGAGGCUGUGUCUGGGGCGCUGAAGGAGUUCCUGGCAGUGAAAAAGCAGAUAUUCCACAGCACAGUGACACGCUUCGCUGCAGAUCUGGCUGAAGAGCUUGUGUUCGAAGGGAUUAUGGAAGUGUGUCAGUUCUCCCACCCCUCAACCCCUCUCACCCCUAGUGAUUGGUCCUUUGGCCAUGGGCAGGAGGAAGAGGAGGAGGUGGUUUCCUCCUAUGCUUCAGACUUGUCUGAGUCUGUUAUCCAGGAGGCCUUCAUAGAGCUCUCUCAGGCUGAUGUUGCCUUCACUAGCCAAGCAGCGAUUAGUGUGUCUCUGGACAACAUCUGUUACGUCAGUGCAGAGAACACUAGCACACACACCUGCAGUACCUUUGCUAACCAGCAGGUUUUAAGUACCAGCUCAGCUGCAGCUGUCCCGGUGCCCUCAGGAGAGGAUGCUGCCUGCACAGUGAAGAAAGCUCUGUUCACUGUAUCAGGCAUGGCCAGCUGUAUUCCCGUGCCCCAAGCAGGCCAAUCCCUCUGCCACCUUCAGGAUUCAGAGGAGAUCUGCCUAUAUAAGUCUAGUGUGUCAGACACCCCACAGCCCAGCCCUCAAAAAGUAACUGUGUCUUCCUCUGACACUAGCACAUCAACACACACUUACCUUUACAGUCAUGGAACUCAGACCCCUCUAUCUCAAGAAGACCGCUCCCAAGGAGCAUCACCAUUCCAAAACCUCUCUGGCAACAUGGUGGAUAUGAUAGUACCUGAAGCUUGUAAGCUAGUCACUGCCUCUAAGAUGAAGAAGAGUUUUGGUGACUGUGCUGACUUUUGUACAAAGUCAAUCAGAAGCCGAAGGGGCUCCAAUCAAGAGACGGUAAAUUAUGAGGCUUACUCUAGGGAUGGCAGGAAGGGUGGCCCUGUGGAGAAAGCACCAGACCUUAGCAUUCCUCACAUUUCCUAUCAGGCAGGCUCUCAAAGCCAGGGGAGAGACAGCUGUGAGCUAGACCCUGGCACCAGAGGUGUGGUUGAAACGCAUCUUGUAAUGGUGCACAAUCUUGAUGUACCGGGUGUGAAGAAUGGUCAAGAACAGAGGGUUUGUGUAGCUGGAGAUGAUGCAGCUCCAUGUUCUGGUCAGAAAUCUGGGGAGACUCCUGGCACUCCUCCUCCUACCCCACAGCAGGCCAGAGAGGUGUCCAGGGACAGACAGAUAAAACAGUUUUCCAAGAAGCUGAAAAGCAAGCUGGCCAAGGAAUUUUUCCCUGCCACCCCUCCUCCUACCCCUCACUAUCAGCCUGAGCCUGGCCUAGGACCAAAGGGCACCUCCCUGGAGGCAGACAAGGCUGAGUUUAUGCUCAAACUGAUGCGGUCUCUCUCUGAGGAGGCAGAGGGCAAUGAGGAUGAAGAGGAAGAAGAACUGGCAGAAGAGGGUGGUGUUGGCAGCACUAACAGAUGUUCAGAGACAGGGGGAGGCCGGCAUGAACUGAAAAAGAUGUCCGCUCAGAGAAUGUCAAACAAGGAAGCUCUCCAUUAUGCUGAGCGGCUGGCGUGUCAUAUCGUCUCCAUGGCAACAGAGAUGGACACCCUGGGAGUGGCAGAGGAGGAGGGGCGGUUGAGCAAGGGCAGUGAACAGAGGAGAGACAGUGUGGCUCAGUUCUCAGAGCAGACUCUGAACACCUUGUGGGUGUAUGCUGGGGAGGUGGCAGGACAAGUCAUCAACGAUGUGAAGAGGAUGGUGAGCUCUGGACAGCAGUGUCCAUAUCACAGAGCUCUGAGAAGAAGAAGCUUGGACAGAUCAAGCUCUGAAUGCUUGCAUCAUCACCACCAUUCUCAGCCCAGUACAGACCAGAGCAGAGACAGGCAGGUAGGAAGGUUGUCUGAGCAGUGGUCUAAUGACCGGAUAGCCCCUGUGUUCAGGUCUCCCACCUCCACCUCGAGCACCAGCUCCAGCUCUGGCCUGUCCUCAGAGUAUCCCAGCUGUGAGAGUGUGACAGAUGAAUAUGCUGGCUACCUCAUCAGGGUACUGAAAAAGGAGGGAGGAAGUAGGGAGUUGGUCCUAGACCAGUAUGCAAGUCGUUUGGCCUACCGCUCCAUAAAACUAGGCUUGGCUCAUGCCAGUCGCAAGAUCAAGCAGAGAUCCUCUAGCAGCCGCCUUCACUCGUCCAAGUCACUGCCAGAUGAAUGGAAAGCUUCUGGUAGUGAGACCUUGUCUCCCAAGGACAGAGUAGAGUCAGUGGUUUGUCUCUCAGGCAAUGAUGCUCAGUGUUUCUGCAGGGACUCCGAAGGCCAGACACGCAGGGAGUACAUGGAUCUGGUCAGCUUUGCAGAGUCUUUGGCUUACAACAUCACCUGUGAUGUAACGCGCAAGCUGCAUCUUUCCUCUGUACGACUGCCUAAGUCUCUCACUGACACCUGUCUUUAUAAGAAAUCCAAACUUGAAAACAUGGCAGAGAAUCUCAUAAGGAACUCAUUCUCCUGCCCCCUGCUGUCCAAGGAGGGUAAAAGCAGGCAUUACCACAGUACAGGAAGCCUGUAUGAUGGCGGCUAUGGCAGCAGGGUGAUGCAGGUCAUCGAGCAUUAUGCCAGGAAAAUAGUUGAUGACACUCUGAAGAUGAGCCUGGCCUCUUUUGGACAUUUAUCCUGGGAGCAACAGAGGACCCAAGGACAUGACAGACACUCUCACACCCAGAGACUGUUUGAGAGACCAGCACUGAGCCCAGUCCUGGUGGAGAGGACGUGCCGUUACUGUCAGGUUCAGGAGUGCCCGUACUGCAUCAAACCUAGCAGGCACCAACACCAGCCUGUAUUCCAGAGGAGGAAGAGGGGGCUGGAAUGUCAAGCAAAGGCUGAGCGUCUCUCUAGCCUGGAGAUUCCUGAGAUCCACAUUGACAUGGACCACAAGGCAGCAUUUGCAGAGGAGAUGGUGUCCAUGGCAAUGGAGACAGCUAAACGUGAGCUGAGCAACACCAGCCUUAAUGCAGACAGCGGCAUCGGCCACGAUGGAACCAGCUACGCUGAGAGUCUGACUGCUGAUAUCAUGACGUCAGCCCUGUCCAACAUCUGCCAGGCUGCCAGCAUCAGCUCUCCAGGCAGGGAAACCACUGAAUCCACUGUGUCCCAGCAGCUGAGUGUGGGAGAUGACAGUCUGGGCAGCUGGUCGAACCUGAGCUUCGAGGAUGAGCACCCAGACGACAACAGCAGCUUCCUCCACCUCAGCGACAGCAAUGGGAACAGCAGUAGCUGGAGCAGUCUGGGCCUGGAGGGGGAGGCGUGUGAGGAGCACAUGUCAUUCUCCCCCUCUGACAGUGACAGCACAGAGGACAAGGAGACGGAGGUCAAGGAGGAAUCCAGUGGGACUCUGUGCAUGGACAGGGCUCAGGUGCAGGUCCCCUGGACGGCUCUGCUCAUAGUGAACUCGGACGUCAGAGAGCACGGGCGUGGACCUCCACACGUGACCCUGGACCCUCAGCUCCGGAGCAUGCUGCAGUGGGUGGCGGCCUCGCUGGCUGACAUCCCUGAGGUCCUGCUGAGUCCUGACAGAGAGCUGCAGCAGCUCCCAGCCGUGGUCCAAAGGCUUCAGGAGAGGAAGUGGAGAGUGGGAGAGCUGCUGCACACGCUGCUGCGCUACUGUGAGGAGAGUCAGGUGCUGAGUCAGUCCCAGGCCAGAGACCCUCAUCACAUCCCCCUCUUUCAGUGGCUCCUGGAACACACCUAGGGCCUCUCCUGUCCUGUCCUUCUGUCCUUAGCUCCAGACAGGGCUUUGUCAGCUCCACUGCCCCUAGAGGGCGCCAUAGAAAUCAGCAGAUCUAGCUUACUCUCAUGAAUGUGAGUGGUGUGUGUUUUGCAUUGCAUGCUGUGAUGAAGAGCACUUCUGUUGUAAUUUGUUUUUCUUUCCACCUUCUGUUUUGUUGCUGCAGUUUUAUUAUUAAUCAGGCACCAUCCAUGUUGAUUUAGUGAGCUGUCUUUCCUGCCAACCGGCACUCCUGGAUUAAAGCCCUCACACUUUGUUGCUGUUGUGCUUAAACUACAGAAGGAUGAGAAGAGAGAGACCCACCGCCUCUGUUCCAGACAGCGGCAGAGAUGAGAGCAGGAGAAUGUGUUUUCUGUUAGGGAAUCCCCAGAGCUGCUGGGUGGAUGAUGUCAUUACACCCACCACUCACCUCUGCGGUGGUGUUUCCACAUGUCCAGAGACCAACACAUACACACCGCACCCCUGUAUUAUCAGAAGUAAUCCAAGAUACACUGACACUCCAUUGAAAUCAGACAAUUACUCCCCUCUAGUAUUUCAUUAUGGUAUGAAUCCACUCAGUAUCACUGUGCUCACAGUUCACUCGGGUCAAGUGUUGCUUUGGAGAUGGGUUAAUGGCUUCGUGGUCUUCAUGGCGCCACUUGGAUCCGAGGAACCAAGACCCGAAAUGGGACCUGAGUUGGAUCAGGUCCAAAUUCUCCUUAGUGUAAUCUGGUCAGUUCAGGUUGAGUUUUCCUGCUGCGUGUCAGUGUGUGCAAUACAUGUCUGGGUCCAAGGGGAUGCGAGUGUUCAUGGUAUCAGGUGUGUUCAGUGUCGAGGAUGACAAAUGUGAACUUUACAACUCAGCAGAUCCUUGUACUGGUGAGGGAAUGAGAUUUUAUGAAAAUCAGUCAAGAUGUAUUUAAUUAUUAAACGGGUUAGAACAGUGACCUUUGUCAAUCACCCACUGGCUGCAGAGUGUUUUUGUUGUUGGUGAAGACGGCAGUAAUAGGACUUUACAUUAUUUAUAUAAAUAAACAGUUUUAGUUUAUGAAUGUACAUUAGUUCUGAGGUUGUUGUUGCAUAGAUAUAUAUCUUGCUGAUCUAGUCCACUGCAGCUGACUGUUAACAGAUGGUUGGUUAAAGUAGUCAAUAGUGUGUUUGUGUGUCUGUUCUGGUCUGAAUAUGUUCAGCUUCUCCUCGGAUCGGCUCAUGAAGUCAUGCCCGUCUGGUCGGGCUAAUUCUCCAAGAGUCCCUUCCAGAUGGGGUCCAGAGUUUUGGACCUGUGAAGAACUGUACCAUACUGUACAUGCAGAGUGGUGAGACAGUUAAAGCGGUACAAACCCAUGUGUCUAGUAGUAAUUGUUCUCUGCUGUCAUUUUGCGUUGACAAUCAAAUAGGUGAUUCGGUUGGCGCUGGAAGGUCAACAACUGCUUGAAGAAGUUGCCUCUUGCCAGUGUUGGUGUUCCAGUUUUAUCCAAUACUGUAAUACUGCUUUGCCUAGCUACAAUCUUCUUGGUUGUCAAACUUAGUAAAAUACUUGGAAACAAUGAUGUUUACUUGGGUGGUCUGUAUUAAAGAGUAAAGUUUAUUUUUUGAAGGUAGAGUAUCAUAUCAAACAUGAAGUGCUGCUCAGAGCUCUAAAUCAAGCCAUGACGGUGGUUAAUGUUGCCAGAUGGAGCUCCUACACUAAGGUGACUCUUCCCCUCCACUCAGUAGUACAUGUGUUACACUCAGCUCGGCUGUGUCAGAGGCCCACAUCCAGUUCGGGGAAGAUCCAGUGACGCAGACGGUGGGCCUUUGGGUAAUUAAAGACACCGGCCUCGUCUGCACCUCCAAAACCACACACUAACAACAUGUUCAUAUCUUAACUCUGAACUCGCACGUUGUCACCCACACUCCACAGUCACCUUGUGGAAUGAAGGACUCUGAAUACCACAGCUUCCACACCCCCCCUUCCCCCCCUCCCCUCCACAUGCACAGUACUACCAGCUACUUGCUGAAAUGCACUUUUCUUUUGAUUUGGCUGAGAAACUGGGUGUUUCUAGGCCUGGCCCCAGACCCAGCCUGCUCCGUGAAUCUCCUACCAGCGUGGAUGGUUACAUGCACAGUGCCCAACGCCCCCCUCCCCAGAGAAGGAUUAUUGGGAUACUUUUUGAUGUUUGUAUUUAUUUAUUGUUGUUUUUGUUGUAAUGAGGGACCUAAGAAUGACAUGAUGCUGCGAGGUCCUCAACUUGAUAUGGGGACUUCUUCAGUUUGAAACACUGUAAUAUACCACAGCCUCGCUCUCUUACUAUACACUAAGUGUUGUUGG